UAAUAUAUAUAUAUAUAUGUGUGUGUGUCUGACGGAAUAUUAUUUCAGAGUAAGUGCUCAGUUCACACGAAGCUCGACCUGAGUGUUGGACGUGACGCGUCUCUGUCCGUCACACGGAUGCUGUGGUUUAAAAACUCCAUCACGCUUAAGGCUCACGGCAAAUCCUGCUCCCAUCAUCCAGACGACACACACACACACACACACACACAUACGCGCGCGCGCGCGCGCACACUAGCCGCUGCUAGCUAGCUAGCUAGCCAGGCGCAUUCAACACGGAGCGUUAGCCUGAUAGCGGUGUUUGUUCUGAACCGUCGCUCCGCUCGUCGCCGCGGCCUCUCCUCCAGGCCCAAGACAUGAGCUUCUCCCGCUGAACGUCAUUGAUGCUGAACUGAGUGGUCCAGUGCUGCUGUCCUCCAGUGUUUCCCCUCCCCUCACUCAUCUGUUCCUCUGUCUGUCACCUGGUUUGUGAGCAGCCAUGACGAAGUCCUACGAGUUCAACUGGCAGAAGCACCUGCCUGAGUUCAUGCAGGAAGGCGCCUCCUUCGACAGGUUUGACGAGGACCCAUACACCUUUGAGCCCAGUUGUCAGAUGAGGGUGGACGAGUACGGCUUUUUCAUCACCUGGAAGAGUGAGGGAAAGGAAGGCCAGGUGCUCGAGUGUUCGCUCAUCAACAGUAUUCGUGUUGGGGCCGUCCCAAAGGAACCAAAGAUCUUGUCGUCAUUCGAGGCCAUUGGAAAGACGGAGGCAGACCUGGAGGGCUGCAUCAUCUGCAUCUGCAGUGGCACAGACCUGGUCAACCUGAACUUCAUGUUCAUGGUGGCAGAGAGCCCGGACACAGCCAGGAAGUGGAUUGAGGGUUUGAGGUCGGUGAUUCACAACUUUAAGGCUAACAACGUCUGUCCAAUGACCUGCCUCAAGAAACAUUGGAUGAGAACGUGCUUCCUGACCAACGUGAAUGGAAAGAUUCCUGUGAGAGGCAUUACACGUACAUUUGCAUCAGGGAAGACAGAGAAAGGGAUUUUUCAGGCUCUGAAGGACCUGGGCCUUCCUAGUGGCAAGAAUGAUGAGAUUGAACCAUCAGAUUUCCCCUUUGACGUUUUCUACACGCUCACACAGAAGAUCUGCCCUCGCACAGACAUGGAGGAACUCUUCAAGAAAAUCAAUGGGAACAAAACUGAUUAUUUAACUGUAGACCAGUUAGUCAGCUUUCUGAAUGAAAACCAGCGUGACCCAAGGUUAAAUGAGAUUCUGUUCCCGUUCUACGACACUAAGCGAGCCAUGCAGAUCAUUGAAAAGUACGAGCGAGAUGAGGACCUGAAAAAGAAAGGUCACAUGUCCAGUGAUGGGUUCUGCCGGUACCUGAUGUCAGAUGAAAAUGCUCCAGUCUUCUUGGACCGGCUGGAGCUAUACCAGGACAUGGACCAGCCACUGGCCCACUACUUCAUCAGCUCCUCCCACAACAGUUACCUGACAGGCCGACAGUUUGGAGGGAAGUCCUCAGUAGAGAUGUACCGCCAGGUUCUACUGUCCGGAUGCAGAUGUGUGGAGCUGGACUGCUGGGACGGGAAAGGAGAGGACCAGGAGCCCAUCAUCACUCAUGGCAAAGCCAUGUGCACAGACAUCUUGUUCAAGGAUGUUAUCCAAGCCAUCAAGGAGACAGCGUUUGUCACUUCAGACUACCCCAUUAUUUUGUCCUUCGAAAAUCAUUGCAGUAAACCCCAGCAGUAUAAGAUGGCCAAAUAUUGUGAGGAAAUCUUUGGAGACUUCCUCCUCAAACAGCCUCUGGAGAACUUUCCGAUUGAAUCUGCACGCCCCUUACCCUCUCCGAAUGACCUCAAGCGUAAAAUUCUCAUCAAAAACAAACGCUUAAAACCCGAAGUGGAACAGAAGCAGCUAGAGGCCUUUAAGAAACACAUGGAGGCAGGGGAGAUCAACACUCCUGCCAUCAUCAUGGGAGAGGAGAAUGAAGACGACACAGAGAACGGAGAAAAAGAGGGUGAAGAUAAGGAUUUGAAUUCAGAGGCUCCCAGUCUGUCAGAGGCAACUAGUGAGAAAGAAGCCAACAACGUUUCCCAGAGUAACACUGUCGGCACGAGGAAAGAGGAGCGAAACAACAGUAUCAAGAAGGUGCCCGAUGAUGAAGGGACAGAAAUGUCUGAAGCCACAGAAGCAACAGACGCCACAGACAUCUCUGAAGCAUCUGACCAAGACAACAACAAGAAGGGUGUAGAAGAGCCAGAAGACUCUGAGGAGGCUCUGAUAGCUCAGUAUACCUACGUAGGAGCCACCACCAACAUUCACCCGUAUCUGUCAGCCAUGGUCAACUACGCACAGCCUGUCAAGUUUCAGAGUUUUGAUGUGGCAGAGGAAAGGAACAUCCACCACAACAUGUCCUCCUUCAACGAGUCGGUUGGCCUGGGCUAUCUGAAGACUAACGCCAUAGAGUUUGUCAACUACAACAAGCGUCAGAUGAGCCGUAUCUAUCCCAAAGGAGGCCGGGUGGACUCCAGUAAUUACAUGCCUCAGAUCUUCUGGAACGCAGGCUGCCAGAUGGUUUCGCUCAACUUCCAGACCCCAGACCUGGCCAUGCAGUUGAACCAGGGAAAGUAUGAGUACAAUGGCUCCUGCGGAUACCUGCAGAAGCCCGACUUCAUGCGACGGUCAGACAGGAUGUUUGACCCCUUCUCAGAGACGCCAGUGGAUGGUGUCAUUGCUGCGACCUGCAGCGUACAGGUAUUCUCUGGACAGUUCCUGUCAGACAAGAAAAUUGGCACAUAUGUUGAAGUGGAUAUGUACGGGCUGCCGACGGACACCAUCAGGAAGGAGUUUCGCACACGCAUGGUGAUGAACAAUGGGCUGAACCCCGCCUACAAUGAAGAGCCCUUCGUCUUCAGAAAGGUGAUCUUACCGGACCUGGCAGUACUGCGCAUCGCAGUCUAUGACGACAACAACAAGUUGAUUGGCCAGCGCAUCCUACCUCUGGACGGCCUGCAGGCUGGCUACCGCCACAUCUCUCUGAGGAACGAGGGAAACAAACCCCUGUCGUUGCCCACCAUCUUCUGCCAAAUCAUCCUGAAGACCUACGUGCCCGACGGCUUUGGAGCAAUCGUGGAUGCUUUAUCAGACCCAAAGAAAUUCUUGACCAUAGCAGAGAAGAGAGCUGACCAGAUGAAAGCGCUGGGGAUUGACACGAAUGACAUAGCAGACGUUCCCAGUGGAAGCUCAAAAAACGACAAGAAGGGAAAAGGUAAAGGAGACACGGUGAAGGCCAGUGUGACUCCACAGGCCAGCUCUGACAUGGCCCACACCUCAAACUCCGCCCAGAAUAACACAGCAGAAACCAAGAAGGAUUCUGCACUCGUGCCUAAUGUCAGCAUUGAUGACUUGAAACAAAUGAAGACGUAUCUUAAAUUGCUCAAAAAGCAACAGAAGGAGCUUGUUGCUUUAAAGAAGAAACACUUGAAGGAUCAAAAUACAAUGCAGAAGGCUCACUGCACCCAGAUGGAAAAGAUGGUGUCUCAGCAUGAAAAGGAGAAGACAACCCUGGAGAAACUAUUAGAGAAAGCCAUCAAGAAACGUGGGGAAAACAACUGUCACGAGCUGAAGAAGGAAACUGAAGAUAAGAUUCAAACACUAGUCACUGAUCAUAAAGCCAAGGUAAAGGACAUCACAGCACAGCACACUAAGGAGUGGUCAGAGCUGAGCAGCAGUCACAGCAGCGAAGAGCAGGAGAUAAAGGACAGCCACGUCACACAGCAGUGUGAACACCUCAAGAAACUCUUGACAACCGUCCAGGAGCAGCAGACCAUGCAGCUCAAACUCAUCCAUGAGCGCCAAAGCAAAGAGAUGCGUGCUAACCAGGCCAAGAUGUCUAUGGAAAACAGUAAAGCCAUCAGCCAGGACAAGUCCAUCAAAAACAAGGCAGAGAGAGAGAGGAGAGUGCGAGAGUUAAACAGCAGCAACACCAAGAAGUUCCUGGAUGAAAGGAAGCGGCUUGCUAUGAAGCACCAGAAGGAGAUGGAGCAGCUACAGAAAAACCAGAGAGAACAGUUGGAGAAACUGGAGAAGUUCAAUGAGCAGCUUGUGAAAUCACACCAUGCAAACAAACUGGUUCAAGGCCAAGGACAUGCAGCAGAUGGUGAAGCUGGAGGAGGAGAUGGACCGCAGGCCUGCCACAGUGGUGUGAGCGACUGAGACACACGCAGGUGCAGAAACACUCUACAACCCACAGACGACAACCCUGUCUGUACUUUUCUGUCAUGUUCUCGCACACACACACGGAAUAAUCCUCUCCACCUCUUUUUUUCUCUAUUCGAUCACCUGUAGUCCCUGUUACCCCACCCACUAAUUUUAUAACACUGAGCCACUGGUGCUUAUCACUGUUUGACGGGGUUCAACCACUUAUUCAGUAAGGAAAGUUAAGGGGUAAGGAGAUGAAGCAACAGAGUCAGACGCAUCCCCUCCUCUGUAUGCAGAUCUAAAUGUUCUCUGCAGUCUACAAAAACUCACUCAUGGGUUGGAUGAAGUGGACAUAUGCCCCCAUUUUGUUUUCUAUCAGCACCCUCUUAACUACUCCAGAAGCAUGGAAGAGGGGAGAAGAAUAUGUAUUAGAUUUGUCAUUACAGCACAAAUGAAGAAACUUUGUGAAAGACACUGUAUGCUACACACCAGUCCUGUCCUGAGCACUUUGUAUGUACUAGGCCAUCAUAACAAUGUGGAAAAUGUAGCAGCACUACAACUACUAGUUUUGUGUUUCAGUAAGAAUUUUUUUUUUUUCAAAUCACUGUAUGAAGGAAAAGCAAACCCUCUGUCACCUAAUCCUACCAUGCAAGUUGUUUGACCUCAAGAAAAAUGUAUUGACUAUGUUGUUCGCCAAUGUUACUGCAGACUUACUACAUUGAGUCAGAAGACUAUAAAGGGAUCACGAGGAAUUCUGUUGACUUUGAUUUUUAUGGCUGAUUUCUCAGUAUUUGUAGUUUGAAUCAUUAGGAUAUACCCACGACAUGGUGUGAUAGCUGUGCCUCACAUGGCCUUAAAAAUGACACGAGUCAUUUAUGUUUUUAAAAUUGUUUCUGCUGCAAAACUCUUUAAUACAACAUUCUGCUCCUAAUAUGGGGAUCAAAAUCAUGUCUACUAUGCAAAACAAAAACAGUUUAAGGUGUUCGAACAUUGAGAAUAGUUACCAAACGUUGUAUGCCUUAAAUGUAAUGAUGAAAGUUAUUGCUACAAACUGAGGCAAUGUCAUUAGUAGUUAACACUAUGACAUUAAGAUGAUAUAAUGAACUGGGCGUCUACUAUAAGUACAAGGCUAAGUGGAUUUAGGUUCUUUGCAUUAAGGGGUUUUGCACUUGAACUCUGAAAAUCAAGCCAAAGCUGUAAUACACUGGAAAUAAAAUGAAUCCAUACUUGGCAACAAAUUAAUUCUGCUGUAAUGCCCUCCUUUAAUUGAAGUCCGGCCGAUAGAAGUCAAUGCCAUCUCCUCCUGUCAGUUUCCCUGAUAAAGGCGUUGUUAAAGUGAAGUGCUCCCUUAAUAGCUUCUUGACUGCACCUUAGAAACCUCCAUUAGUAAUCCUCAUCGUAUCCCUGCUCACUUUUAGUGAGGGCAGAUCUGUAAACAGAAGUCUGUGACGUGGCUGCCACACAAUCCACACUAGGGAUUUUUAAUCCCAAAAUCCUUCCCACUAGAAUGAGCAUUUAGUGAGACUUCAGGUUUGCAGAGGGAGAGCUGUGAUAUUGAAAGAUAAGGGAAUAUCGUGGGUACUCCAGUAUUGUGCGCAGAUUAUCAGGUAAUUACACUGCAAUGGCAUCACACAAACAAAGACCAACCAAAAUGACAAAAAGUUGAUAUUGAUGACAACAGACAAAACCACGAGGAUUAAAGCACCUUGAGGUAUUUUGGCCUUUUUCAAGAUGGUUUUCUGCCAUUUUAUUCUGCUGUAAUUCACUUAGAGGGUAGAUGGGAUGUUCUUGUAUAUACUGGAAUGUAUGUAGUUUAAUUUGCUCUUUGACCAGUUGUGUUCUGUCAUUCAAGGGCUCGGGGAUAGAGUGGGUCUGUUGGAAAUGGGGAAAGGAAAUUUUUUCAGCCACAGGGUUUUCUUGUUUGUGUUGUGUUCUCCAGCCUGCCCUUACUGCAUCACACAAACACAGUAUACAACUCUCACCACAUAUCUAGUGCAGAGAUAAACGAAGAAAAAGUGCUUUUAAAAUUUUACUCCAUUGCUUUCAAAUGUGCCACUCAGUGUGUUAGGACGUUUAAAUUAUUUUAUGAAUGAUAAAAUGCCAAAUUAAGGGGUUAUUUAUAUUGAAGAUAUAUAUAUAUAUAUAAAUAAAUGAAUAUAUAUAUAUAUUAUAUUAAAUAUAAUGUGUAGUUUAAGAUUGUUUUUAGAGGCUUUUUUGCACUAGUUGACCGUUUUAUGUUGUGUGAUUACAUGUAACCUUUGGCUCUCUAGUUUGUCAAAAAAGCAGAUUAUUUUUGCAGAGCAACGUCACCGAUUUUGAGUUCCUCAAAUUCUACUGUAUCUCCUUUGUUUUCUAUUUGAACUGUAGCUCGUCAACAAACCAUUCUGUGAGCGUUUUUGUAUUUAUAUUGUAUUGUUGAACUUAUAGCAAUGAAAAUAAUGUUGUUAUCCAGCUCCUUUAAUACUGUUUUAUAGUAUGUGUACCAAUAAAUCCAGGUGUAAAAUGGGACAUAA